AUGGUUGAUUGUGAAGGUGCACAUUUCGAACAGGUACCUAACAUAUUGAAAACAAAAGUUCGUAUUUUAAGGAUUAAAAAUUCUUCCAUUUCAAUCAUUCAAAAGGGUGCUUUUAAGAGGUACACAGACCUAAAAGAAUUAAUAAUCGAGAAUUGCGACCAGUUGCAUACAAUUGAAAAAUUUGCAUUCAAAGGUUUAAGUCGUUUGAAAUUACUUCGUUUAGCUAAUAAUCCAACAUUAAAUAAUAUUGCAAAGAAUGCAUUUUCACAAAUAACAAACAGGCAUGGCUUACGAAUUCAAUUAAUUAAUAAUAGUUUUAGUCGAAUACGACAGGGUUUAUUCAGGCAAUUAAAUCAUUUGAGAGAAUUUACACUGCAAGGUGAAAAUUUAAAAAUUGAAGUGAAUGCAUUUGCAAGUUUUACGCAAGUUGAUUUUUUCAAUUUAUUCGGUGUAAUUUCAUUUGGAUUACAAUCAUUUGAAAAUACUUCCAGAAUACAUAGACUUGAAAUCAGUCAUUCACAAUUUUCGAUCACAGCUGGCGUAUUUACUGCUUUAUCACAUAUACGAGAAAUUCAUAUUAUUUCAAAUGAAAUUGAUACGAUUGAUACGGAAGCAUUUACCGGUCUUUAUACAAUUGGUUCAUUAAUAAUAACUGAUAAUAAAAUUGGUAAUAUUUCGGGUUAUGCAUUUGCAACAAUUGUUAAUAUCGGUGAGAUUAUUAUUGAACGGAAUACUAUCCGGAAUCUGGAAACGGAAGCAUUAAUAAGUGAAGCAUGGCAAAUUAGAUUUCAGGAUAAUAUCCUGUACUGUAGUUGUGCUAUUAAUUGGCUCAGUUAUAUCAAUGUUUGUUCUUCAUUUUAUAUUUAA